AUGGGGCUGGUUCAGAUCUGCCCCUUUUGUGGAGAGCGAGAUGAAACAAGAGACCACCUAUUUUUUGCUUGUCCUUACACCUACACACUAUGGCUUCAAGUGCUGGGUACUCUACUGCGGCCUCCUCCCUCUUCGGACUUGGGCGAAAAUGUGGACAGGAUUGCUGCAAUAUCUAAUGACAGGCUGGGAUCGAUUGUGGCGAGGUUGUCGUUUCAGGUGGCUAUCUAUUAUAUCUGGAGGGAGCGUAAUGAGCGUCGUCACUCUCAGGUUGCUCGGCCAGUAGAGCAGCUUGUGAGGAUUAUUGACAAGACAAUCAUGCAAAGAAUAAUGUCUACGAGAUAUUAUGGGAAGCAAAAGCUAGCAGGACUUCUUCAACUUUAG